GUGUAUUGCAGGCUGACUGCAGCUGAGAAAUCCUACAGGCUGGCUUGCAUAGAAGAUGGCAAGGUUCCAGUGUUUCAACGCUGACUUCCCUACAUUUUGGACUGGGUGUUAGAGUAAAAGCAAUUCAAGGAGAGCAGAAAGGAUCAGGAGAUAGUCACGCGACGACUACGACAAAGAGACAUUCAAGGAGAGAGACGGCCAGGAGAGCUUAUGCAAAAAAAGAUAUUCCCACACAGACGAGAGAGAUCAAGCAAGAGAAUCCAGCUGAAAUAUAAAUGUGGGAAAUAAUCCACGUAGCCUGAGAAACGUGUGCGGAAACAGAGGAAGAUAUCCAGAGAAACGACAAAGUUUUAGAGACAGCCAGAACCAGAGUGUGUGAGGCGUCCAGAGCCAGAGAGAUUGACGGAAGAAAGAUACAUUCAGACAAAAUGAAACAGUCGUAGACUGCAGCAAAAGAGUCUGAAAAUCCAAGAGACAACAAGGAAGUGUGACGGUGCCAGAGAGAUGUACUCACCAUACUGCCUGACUCAGGAUGAAUUUCACCCCUUCAUCGAAGCUCUUCUUCCCCAUGUGCGUGCAUUCUCAUACACAUGGUUCAAUCUCCAAGCAAGGAAGCGCAAAUACUUUAAGAAGCACGAGAAGCGGAUGUCAAAGGACGAGGAGAGGGCGGUGAAGGACGAGUUAUUAGGGGAGAAGCCUGAGAUCAAGCAGAAGUGGGCGUCACGGCUCUUGGCCAAGCUGAGGAAAGACAUCCGGCCAGAGUUCCGAGAGGACUUUGUCCUGACCAUCACCGGGAAGAAACCUCCGUGUUGCGUCCUCUCCAACCCAGACCAGAAGGGCAAAAUUCGGAGGAUUGACUGCCUCCGCCAGGCAGAUAAGGUGUGGAGGCUGGACCUGGUGAUGGUCAUCCUGUUUAAGGGGAUUCCGCUGGAGAGCACAGAUGGGGAACGUCUCUAUAAGUCGCCCCAAUGCUCAAACCCAGGGCUGUGCGUACAGCCUCACCACAUUGGGGUGUCCAUCAAAGAGCUGGACCUCUACCUGGCCUUUUUCGUCCACACGCCUGAUUCCGGACAGUCGGAUAAUUCAAACCAGCAGACCGAGGUAGACAUAAAACCUCCACCAAAUGGACAUCUCACUUUCCAGGACUGCUUUGUCACCUCUGGUGUGUGGAAUGUCACAGAGCUCGUCCGCGUGUCACAGACACCUGUCGCAACAGCAUCUGGCCCUAACUUCUCAUUGGCGGAUCUGGAGAGCCCAAGCUAUUACAAUAUAAACCAGGUGACACUUGGUCGGCGGUCCUUAACGUCUCCUCCAUCCAGCAGCACAUACUCCCAAAAGGAUUUUGGCUUCCACAGCUCGACAAAGCGCCCGAAGUCUUUGGAUGACAGUGAGUUAGAGAGCCCAGUGGAUGAUGUCUUCUACCCGGGUACAGGCCGGUCACCUGCAGCUGGGGGCAGCCAGGCCAGCGGUUGGCCGAAUGAUGUGGACACGGGACCCGGGUCUCUUAAGAAGUCAGGCAAGCUAGAGUAUUGCCAGACCAGUUCUUCUCGCAUGGCAUUCACCCAUCAUCCCCUCCCUGUGUUGGCUGGAGUGAGACCAGGGAGCCCAAGAGCAUCUGCAUCUACUAUACACUUUCCUUCAACGUCCAUUAUUCAGCAGUCCAGCCCUUACUUCACUCACCCAACAAUACGCUACCAUCAUCACCAUCACAGCCAGGACUCCCUAAAAGAGUUUGUUCAGUUUGUCUGCUCAGACACCUCUGGACAGGGAGCAGGGCAGCCCAGCAGCGGGGCCCAGGGGAAAAUGUCGGGUUCCUUUUUGCUGCCACCCCCCGCACCCGUGGCCAGGCCUGUCCCCCUUCCCCUGCCAGACACAAAACCUGUCACCAGCAACAUUGUCCCAGAAGGAGGACUGGCAACACCAGCAUCACCCUUCCUGGUUCCUUUGAUAUCACCGCCGAGCUGCAAAUCUAUGAGCGGACGGAACAAAGAUUUGUGACAGAGACACCCACCCUCCAUAUACACACUUGACUUCAGGAAAGUCUUCCCCAGAGCAAGCAUGGAACACUAUGACCCUCAUCACAAUGCGUGCGUGGAAAAAAAAAGAAGAGAGGGCAGAACUGCACUGUUUAACACCCUCUGGUAGUGAAGGGAAAAUACCAUGCCCUUUUCUCCCCUUACCUCUCAUCUCUGCUAUUUUUUGUCUUGUCAUACCCCAUCCUCACCUUUGCAUAUUCACCUAGGGUCACCGUGUCUGUACCUCCUUCUGUAGGGUGAUAUAAAAAUACUCAAGAGAGAGUUUAGGACACGCCACCUGUUUCUCCAGCUACAGGGUGAUACAAUGAUACAGCCAAGAGUGAGGAGUGAAAUCUAUUUGGCUCUGCCAACUCACUACAAGGUGACCAAGUGAGCAGUAUGUGUUGUCACCCUAACAAACGUAAUUAAUAUGUUGCCACUGAUUCUUGAUAAUUUGGGUGGGAAGAUAUAAAUGAUUUCAUAAUGCAAAACAAAUUCCACAAAAGUUUUCAGUUUUUGCUUUUGGCCAUUUUGGCAGUUUUUUAAAAUAAAAAAUUAGGAUUUUUUAAGCAUCGUCUGUGUUCCAAAAAAAAAAAAAACCUUAAAUAACACAAUUUAUACGGUCUUUAUGGGCUUAAUGGCAAGGGACAAUGAUACAACUUCAAGCAAAUAAGUGCAAUGACUUCAAAUAGUUUAGAACUUUUUUUUUUGCUAAAAAAAAGUUACUAUUUAAAAGCACGAUUUUUUUUAAAGGAAAAACUUUUUUCUUUUUCUUUUCUGAAAGUCCUUUAAUUUCCCAGUGGACUCUAAAAAAAAUUGGGAAUCUGUCUGCCUUCAGACAAUAACAUUUUUAGACUUUUUUUUCUUGCACUAAAGAUCUUGUUGUUAUUAUUUCUGUGUUUAGCAUUUGUUUUACCCUUUGCACUAUUUUUAAGUUCUCUGUAAAAAAAAAAAAAGAACAAAGCAUGAAAUGUUUAAUAAAUCUGCAGCGGAAUAACAAAUAUAUAGAAAUUGGUAUCCUCUUUGUGGUUAGGGGGGCUGGGGGUGGGGGGGAUUUAGUAUUUUACAAAAAUUUCAGAAGGUAAAAAAAAAUUCUGAUAUUUGGCUAAAGCGCCACAUAUGUAAUUAAGGCUGUAAAAUCUGGCAGUCCGUUGUGGCAAAAUUUUGGGUAUUUAGGAAGCAUAACAAAAAAAAAAUGAAUUCAAUUUUAUUAAAUGUUAACUACACAAUAAUUAAUGCAUUAAUUAUAUUUGAUAAAGAAAAAAACAGUUUAUUAAAUAUUUUACAGCUUGUUAAUCCUCUGUUAUAUUUAGAAUUUUUCUGGAAAUACUACAUGGAAAAACAAGUGUCUGUCAAAGGUUACAGUGUCAUUUUAAGGCUCUACAGACAAAAUAAGACCUAGAAGUUUUUGCCAAAUGUUAAAUUCACGUAGCUAGGAAAAAAAUUAUGACAGUCCUAUUCUAGUUUGUCGAACAAUCUUUUUAUGUGAUUUAUUUUGAGAACUGAUGGAAUUUAUAAUUAUAUGCUGCUGGUUAACAUCUAUAUUUAAUGAGUGGAUGUAAGAUUUUGGGACUGAAUAUUUUUUACGAAAAAAAAAAAAAUACAAAAUAUCUUUAUCCCAUAGUUGCUUUGCUUUUAUUUAAAGACCACAUUUGAAAACCAACGUUAAAGCAUUAUGCACUUUUUUCUUUUAGUUUGCCCAAUGUUCUAGGAUUCUUUAGGGUGUGUGUGUAGGGUGGGGUGUUAAGGGAUGCAGAAAGCUCUUGGUCUAUUUUUUAUCAAUAUAAGGUUACUGUUUUACUCAGCUUUUAAAAUCUACAGGUAACUGGAAUUUAAAAACAAAUAAAUAAUAAUUUCAGAUAGGGAGUGCCUUAUAUGCGUAUUUUUUUGGAACAAAAAAAAAAAAACAGGGAUAAGCUCUGCUGAAAAGAAUUCCCCCUAACUGGAAGAUAUCCCUGUAUUUCCCCAGCAAGAGGGUGUUAUGGUGGAAUUUUAUACCAGCCUGCAUAGUGCCUUUCUAUAAUAUUGUAGUGGAGUUGUUAGAAGCUGGGACACUGCUAAAUUAACUGGUCAUUUUCUUUUCUUAAACGCUUCUUUAAAAAAAAAAAGUAAGCCUUUUUUUUAAACAAUAUGUUAAAGCAAAAAAAAGUUCAAGCAGUUUGAAUUCCUCAGUUUAGCACUAUGGCAUCCAAAUUUGCUUUCUUCAAACCCAAAGGGAAGGAAUUAGGGCUUUUGGUCAAGAUAAAAAGGGGUUAAUCCUAGGGCUGGAAUUUUAGAUUUAUAGUAUCACAAUUAGCCUGAUAUCAGAUAAUUAAGAUUUAAAACUCUCCGACAUUUGUAUUGGGUUGUAGAAAACAUUUUCUUACAAUUUUUAUGUUAUCAUUUUUACAUUAUAAAUUGUUAAAUCCAUUCAAACUGAGGGACUGGCCUUUAAUUUUUUAAUUUGAAACUUUUUUUAAUCACUAAUUCAAACUGAUUCAUAAGUAUAGUGAAAUCAAUCUUAAGAAUUUUUAUUUGGUAGCAGUAAGCUUUUUUUUUUAUUAUUAUUAUUAUUAUUAUUAUUAAAUCAGCCUGCCCCUGACUGGCCAGUACACGUUUUAUAUGAAAUUAAAAACAAAAAUAAUUUUAGAAUUUUAAAGGUAUUUUAUUUCAAGGCUUGGUGUGUAAAAAAAAAAUUAUUAGCACAAAGUGCAUUUAACCCAUUAGCAUUUAAGUUACAUAUAAUUGCAUUUUGAUUCAAAGUAUUGUAAAUAAGGAAUAGAUAUUUCCUUUCACCUUUGUGGAUAAAGAGUAAAACAGCUGACUUAAUAAAAAAAAAAGGCCAUGAUCUGUUCCCUUAUGAAGGUACAAGGUUCUUGUAGCUCUCAAGAAAGGCAGCAUUAUAUAUAUAUAUAUUAUAUAAAAAUAUAUAUAUAUAUAUAUAAAAAUAUAUCAUUACAUUGCAUAUCCAGAAUGGAAAUCCCCCUCUUUUCCUCAUUUGGUAUUUGACCCACCUCUACCCCUUUUACCUUCCUUUUACCUCUCUCUUCAUUCUAAACAUAUUACCACUGUGUACGCUCCACCGCUCUCUACAGAAUGUGUAAAUGGAAUGCUUGUUGUCAGUAUAGCGCCCUCUUCUGUACAAUUAUUCCUACUAUCUUAAUCCUCAAUCUCCUCACCAAUUUUACCACCUAAUAUAACCUCACUUACAUUCGCCUACUGGCCUCAUCAUCUCUCUUUCUGACUUUUCUAAAACCAUGUAAACUAAUCCCCAUUUUUAUUCUCAUCAUUUUCGCUCAGUUUUCUAAAACUUGCUUUCACUCCUCUCAACACUUGUAAUCUAGUCCUACCCCACUUAUUAUCUAAGCCUCAACCUUUCCUAUCUACUCUUUCAUUUCACUACAUUUCACCCCUUUAAUUCAUAUUCUCUUAAACCCCACUCCCCCUUCCCCCAUCCCCCCUACCCUCUUAUCUGUGUAUUUUAUCCCUGCUUGAAAUAUUAUCGGUUUUAUUUUUUUUUAUACGUUUUUUAAUCUCCCUCGUACCCAAAUCGCGUCAGCCCACCCUUGCCCAGUAUUCAACCCUUCCCCUGUGCUUUCCCAUUGGAUGGCUAUUAUUAUGUGUAUGUGAAAUAAAAUCAUUUCCUGGAAGUAAA